ACGAUUUGCGAUAUGGGCGUGCAGAGCGAAACUCAAACUGAAUUAUUAACUGAAUAAUAGAAACGCCAUAAAAACAUAUUUCAAGUCCGCAUUCUUUCUCUCUUCUUUCGAACACACUCUCGCAAUCCAAACCAAAUCUCUUCACAUAAAAAUUCACUCUCUAAACCCUAAUUUUAUCCCUAAUUUGCAUCUCUAACUCUCUCCCUAUUUCCUCGGAAUCCCUAUCUUGCUCAAAUUGCAAGCAGAAUUCGAAAUUUUGAAACAUAAAUUUUGUCCUUCACGAAUUCGUUUUUCAAAAUUUGACUUUCUGCGAACUUAUUUGAUUCAAUUUUUGCUUGGGAUUCCAAGAAAUUUGGGAGAAAGUGUCGUUCCUGUUCAUCGUUGGAGCUGCUUAGAAGUUAGUUUUUGGAAAGCGUUUCGUUGGAUUUUAUUGCUCUCAAAGCUGAUUAGAAGUGAAUUUUUGUUUGAAAUUUGGAAUUUUAGGUGAAAUAAUUGGCUUUCGAUCCUCAGAUAGUAGGGCUUUAGACGGGCAAGGUAUUUGCACAUUGUCUUUCUCAACAACUUAGCAGCUUGCUUCUGGUUCUUCUAUUGGUUCAAAGAGUUUUCAUAAAGUUUUGUGAAGAUUGAAUUUGAAGGAGCUGCCAUGGACUAUGGGCUUUCUGAUAGUAGUGGAACAGAUGAUGACCUCCCUCCUUCACAUCAGAAUAGGUUUCAAAGAGGGGGUGGCACUGCUGCUGGGAAUGGAAGAUCAGCAGUUGUAGGUCCUGUUCCAUUGCCUAGGAUGCAUGGUGACAUGGAAACUCAAAUCCAUCUCAUUGAGCAGGAAGCAUACAGUUCGGUCUUGCGGGCCUUCAAAGCUCAAUCAGAUGCUUUAACUUGGGAGAAGGAAAGUUUAAUUACUGAACUGAGAAAGGAGUUGAGAGUAUCAGAUGAGGAACAUAGGGAGCUUCUAUUGAGGGUUAAUGCUGAUGACAUUAUUCAGAGGAUAAGGGAAUGGAGAACGGCAAGUGGGAUCCAGCCUGGAAAGCUCAGCACCGGUCAGCCUGUUCAUGAGCCUAUACCUAGUCCUACAGUAUCAGGAUCACGCAAGAAGCAAAAAACAUCACAGUCUGUAGCUUCAUUAUCUAUGGGUGCACCAUCUCCUGCAUUGCAUCCAUCUAUGCAACCAUCUUCAUCAGCCUUGAGACGAGGUCCUCCCCCAGGAACAAGGAGCAAAAAAUCAAAAUCGUCAAUGCAGUACCCUUCCACAAGUCUUCCUGGAAGGCCCCAGGCUCCUAAUCGUACUUCUUCUGGGGCCUUUGCUACAAAUGAACCUGCUGAAGCAGCACAAUAUGAUCCACUAAUCGGAAGGAAAGUUUGGACAAGGUGGCCUGAAGACAACCAUUUCUAUGAGGCUGUUAUAACAGACUAUAACCCAGUUGAGGGGCGGCAUGCUUUGGUUUAUGAUAUUAAUACAGCAGAUGAAACCUGGGAAUGGGUCAAUCUCAAAGAGAUAUCUCCUGAAGAUAUUAGAUGGGAAGGUGAUGAUCCUGGAAUAUCCCGCAGAGGUGGCCGCCCUGGACCAGGCCGUGGGAUUAAGAAGUCCAUGGCUCGUGGUGGUGGGGUUGCCGGAGCAGGAAGAGGUAGGGGGAGUUUAAAAGGUCAGGCCAAAAAAGAUUUUCCUUUGACACAAAAUGGUGUUGGGAAAAAGGUUUUGGGUGAUAUUGAGAUACUUCAUACAGAUACUCUAAUUAAGGAGGUGGAAAAAGUUUUUGGUGCAAAAAAUCCUGAUCCCAUAGAAAUUGAGAAAGCAAAGAAAGUGCUGAAAGAGCAUGAACAAGCCCUGGUUGAUGCAAUUGCGAGGCUUGAAGAUGCAUCUGAUGGUGAAAGUGCAGAUGGAGCGCAUCCAUUCUCACAAGGACAAUCAAGGGAUCAAGAAAGGGCAUGGAGAAAACGGCAUUACGAUGAGAUGGGUGAAGUUAGAAUGAUUGAGGGGUCCGACGGCAAUAAAUGACAUGAGAUUGUAGCCAGCUUUGUAUAUC